CAUAAACAAAUAUGGCUGCCUCACAUGUUUGAAACAGACAAAAUUUUACGAAAGAAAAAUUACAAUGCCCACUGAUACUAAGCGUUUACCAGUCCCUGAAACGUCGAUAUGUCCAUCGACAUUAAUCGAAGACAUUUCUGCCAAAAAAUUGCCUUUGAUUUCCAACAACAAACGUCGAGACGAUCGACUCUGUACUCAAUUACGUCAUGUUUACGCAAAACUCAAAGUUAUCUCACAAGCCCAGGGCUCGGCAUAUAUUGAAAUAGGUAAUACAAAGGUGAUUUGUUCAGUUUACGGCCCAAGGGAAGUUAAGAAAAGAGAUGAAUUUUCAAUGGAUGGACAAUUAUGUUGUGAUUUUAAAUUUGCAACGUUUUCAUGUCCUCAAAGAAGGAGCCAUUUAAGCGAUAAUGAAGAAAAAGAGCUUUCACAGCAGUUGUUAAACGCAUUGUCUCCAGCAGUUUGUUUAAACAAAUUCCCAAAAGCCAGGGUGGAAAUAUUUGCUUUGGUUUUAGAGAAUGAUGGAAGUGCCUUUUCUGCUGCAAUUAAUUGUGCAUCGCUGGCUCUUGUAGACGCAUCAAUAGAAUUAUAUGACAUUCCUGUUGCAGCAUGCGUCAGAUAUGAUGGAGUAAAUUUAAUUGUCGAUCCACAAUUGAACGAAGAAUAUUCACAUCAAGAAAGUAAUUUAUCUGAGGAAAAUGGCCAGGUUCUAGUUGCGUAUUUACCUGUUCUAAAACAGAUAUCAGCUUUAAAUCACGUGGGCUGCCUAAGUAGUAAAGUAUUAAAUCAAUCGAUGAAACUCUGCAUAGAAGCUACACAAAAGAUGCAUACUAUAUUUCAAGAAUGUAUAAAAGAGAAAGUUAAAUCGAUUAUGGAUUAA